AUGGCUCCCGCGGCGCUGCACGAGGGCUUCGACGCGGCGGGUGUGCUGCCGUGGCCGGCCGGUCGCUUCGAGACGCUGGGGAAGAUCGAGGACGCGAACCGCAACCAGGGCAGCGUGUGCCUCAUGAGGGUUGUCGGUGAGGAUGCUCUGGUGGCGGUGAAGCAGAUGCCCAACGACUGGAUCCGGGAGUCGCACCAGGCCUUCGAGGAGGUACACCCGCAUGAGACAGAGCAACCGUGGAGCGACAUCGGCUGCAACUGCUUUCUCAACAGCGUCAACUACCCUUACUGCAUGCAGCUCAUUGGCGUCUUCCGGGACCAGAAAACCACGAGCGUCGUCACGGAGUUCGCCAAUGGAGGCGAUCUCUUCAACUGGGCCUCCGAGCUGACAGAGCAGCCGGGCCUGGAGCGCGAAACCCGCGUCAAGCCCUUGGCCAAGCAGAUCUUGCACAGCGUGCACUCCCGCGAAGGCGUCGGCUCCCCACAUGUCCGGCUCAUCGACUUCGGGGCCGCGACCACCGAGCGAUUCGCGGCCCAACGUGUCACGGGCAAGCCCAGCUACCAGGCGCCGGAGAUGUUCGACGGCGAGCGCACCAGGGACGGCUUCUUGUCCGACGCCUUCUCCGCGGGCGUGGUGCUGUAUGCCAUGUGCCUCAUGGACUACCCGUGGCUCUCGACGUCGGGCGCCGACAAGUGCUUCGAGUUCGUGCAGGCGAAGGGCCUCGCCGCCUUCUUCCGGAAGCGCCGGCUGCCGAACGGCAAGCAGUCCGUGAGCGAGGUCGCGUCCCCCGAGCUGUGCGCUCUGCUGGCGGGCCUGCUCGAGGUCGACCCGUCCAAGCGCCUCACGCUCGGCGAGGACGUGUUCGGCUCCGGCCGGCGCUCCGUCUGGGACGAGCCCUGGCUGCAGUGA